AUGAAGUGUGCACCGGCUGGCAUCAAACUUUUUACAGAUCAUCUACAUUAAGAAUUGCCUAAUUGAAUGUAUCGUUUAUAUGUCAAUAGUUUUUUAUCUUGUAGCAGUGAUUUAUAAAAAUAGAAGAAAAUGUUUAAAAAAUUCGACGAGAAAGACAGUGUUUCUGGUGUACAACAAUUGAAAUCAUCGGUACAGAAAGGAAUUCGUUCAAAGCUCCUAGAACUUUAUCCUCAUUUGGAAAGUCACGUGGAUGCCAUAAUCCCGAAAAAGGAUUCUUUUCGAAUUGUAAAGUGUCACGAUCACAUAGAAAUCAUAGUAAACGCUGCCGGAGAUCUUUUAUUUUUCCGUCAACGUGAAGGACCUUGGAUGCCUACCUUAAGAUUGUUACAUAAAUAUCCAUUUUUUUUACCAAUGCAACAAGUUGAUAAAGGUGCUAUCCGGUUUGUUCUUAGCGGAGCAAACAUUAUGUGUCCAGGUUUAACUUCAAAAGGUGCAAAGAUGACACCUGUACAAAAGGGAACAGUUGUUGCUGUUAUGGCAGAGGGUAAGCAACAUGCUUUAGCUGUUGGUACUACUACAUUAUCUACAGAAGAUAUAGCCAAAGUGAAUAAAGGAGUGGGCAUAGAAAAUUGUCAUUACUUGAACGAUGGACUUUGGCAAAUGAAACCUGUGAAGUAAAAGACUGAUGUACAUUGAUGAAGAUUUAAUCGUGUACGAACAUCUUGUUUGUUG